CUAAGAAAGAACGAACAUUGCAUUAGGCUUCGCCAGGCCAAGCCCCGAACGGAAUCGAAACAAAAAGGGAGAGGAGAGGAGAACAGAACAAUCGGAGGAGAGAAAGAGAUGGAAGUGCCAGGAUCAUCAAAGCCAAUGAUAGCAACACAGGAAGAAAUGGUUGAGGCAAGGGUCCCAAUUCCAUACAGAGACCAAUGCGCCCAUUUGCUGAUCCCACUGAACAAGUGCAGGCAUGCUGAGUUCUUUCUUCCAUGGAAGUGUGAGAACGAGCGCCAUGUUUAUGAGAAGUGUGAGUAUGAGCUUGUCAUGGAGAGAAUGCUUCAGAUGCAGAAGAUCCGUGAAGCUGAGGCCAAACUCAAACAAUCACACAAGCAAGGAACCAUCCCUCUCAUCCCGAAGACUGCAAAUGCUUAGUGUUCUGGGAUUUGAUUGGUUGUGAAGUGGUGAAUGUUGCUUCUGCAAAGUUGAGGUUCAAACAUGGGUUGUGUAGCAUAUGCAGAACACGAAGGGGAAAUUUGAAAGGGUCCCAGACUCUGGUUCAUAUUUUGAUAGGUUGGGGUACUCGUAUCAAGAUGGAUCGACUAGUCCAUCCUAAUAAUGUCAUUCAGCCUAUUCUAAGUCCAAAUGCUCAAAUUUUGAAAUGCAGAAUGUAUAUGGAAGCCAAUCAUUUUACUUUGUAUGUAAUUGAGGAAAUCCCUUUGUCAUGUGGAACUGAUUGGUGAUCACUUCUCCAUUUUUCUUCAGGGAACAUUUUGGCAGUCGUAAUCAUGUGAGAUGACAAUCAGAUGAUUUUAAAGUCUCCCAAAUUUCUCUAUUAGGAAUUUCUAGUUUCAGUUAAAUUUGCAAUCAAUUCUAAUGAUUUGUUUUUUUCUUGCAAGAAAUCACUAAUUGAAUUGGUAACUGUGAUUUAUUUUUGGAAUCAGAGCCUGUAUAUUACUUUAAAUUGCUACCUACCUCUGACUCUAGUUACUGAGCUACCUAUACAACUAAUCUAAUGUAAUAUAAACAGACUCCUCUUGCAUGGGGAAAAAAGAGGGGGUUAAUUUCAAUUAUCUUUAGUCUUUGUGGUUUUGCAAUUUAGAAGUAGGAUAAACAUUGACAGAAAGCCUUUGAAAUUUUCUUCAGGAGUCCAAAACAUCAAUAUGUUACUCUGUAAUAAGUUUGGAUGCGAAGAAACUAUUAGAAGCAAAUUUGGUACAGUAAUGCUCAGUGCAGACACAUGUCCCUUACAAAAUCUUUUCCGUUUCUCAUUUCAGCUCACAUCCACUUUGAGAAUAGCUCUUAUCAACUCUGAGAAUAUUAAAGAGCAAUAUCCUUUGCGAAUCAUUUCUCCAUGAGUUCCGUCUUUUCUGAUUGUUUUAUUUUAUAAGAGGCUAAACUGUUGCCCUCGGAUAGUGCAUGAAAGACCAUGACAACAUGCAUACCAGCAAGAGGUGCAACCAGGCAUAUUUAGCUUUAAAUGUGAUAGUAAAAGUAUUUAAAUUAUUAAACCAUCAACUUCAAGCAAAUCCAUAAUUCAACCAGUCUUUAAAGGGAGUACCUGCCACAUGUGAUUAUGUAAUGACACGUAGUCUUCUUUCUAAUUGAUUUAGAUAUUGAUGUACAUGUUGUAAUUGCUAGCAAAGAAGGUCAUGAUAUUUGCCAAUAGUGCAGGUGAGAUAUAUUCGUACUUCAUACAAGUCAAGUUUUUGUAUUACAUAUUGCGUUUGGUUUUAUACCUUCUUAGAACACUUGCAGUCGAAAGAUGUGUACAUGGGCAUUAAUGGGGAUUGAUCCACACAUGGCUUGAUUUUUCUUGAUUGCUGCUGACGGUUUGGCUGUGUUUUUAAGAUGAAAGAAUAGCAAAUAUUCAUCUACUCUUUAUCUUUUGUAGACAGCUGACAAUUUGAAUGUUGAUCUAUUCGUUAUUUUUUAUACAUCUAGUUUUCCUCUA